CUUGCAGCCAUCGCCUACCUCCACUCCGCUUUUUCUUCCUCUACAGGUUGGACGGACGGAAAGGCUGGCGCACUCGUCGAAAGCGGGCAUGUGCCUCCUCCGGUGCCGUAGCCUGCCGCGCUCCGCUCCAUUCCACCAAGCAACCAAAAGCAACGCGGACCUGAUGCUGACCCGGUUAGGCGGGAGGAGCUGAUUCCACUCCAACUCCAAGGAGAGGUGUCCAUCGAUUCCUUUCUUCCGCCGUCCGUCCUACCUCUCCUUCGCCGAAAGCGUGGGCGGCAGCGCAGGCCCGCCCCGUCCACAUGCUGUGAGGAUUGAUUCCGACGCCUGUUCGUUCUUGUGUGCGAGAAGAGAAGGUCAGAAGGAAGGAGAGGGAUAGAGAGGGCUGGCUGCUGCGCCUGCGGAGGUUUCUCUCGGCUCGUGAUCUCCGAAUCGUCAGGUGAUCCAAGAGGCGGCAGUGGCUAACUGCCUGAUGAACUGAGCAAAUCAAUAGGAGGACAAGAAAGAUUGUUCCUACUGCAGAGAGAACAGAUUUAUCUGAAAUGGGGAAGCGAAGCCACAAGCGGUCCGCUGGGCAGGACGAGAGCAAUGUGGGCUGUGUCUGGGGCCUCAUGCGCUUGCUUUAUUUCCGCCGUGACCCCAGACUCUUGAUGGAUGCAAAGCAGGCCACCGGGAGACGUACGCUCAUGGAGAUUGCAGAUAGAGGGCACUCAACGAAGAAGUCUAGGGAUCUUGAGGAAAUGGAUGAAGAUGAUAACAUAAAAGAAGGCACUUUGCAGAAACCCACUGUCAAGAAACUUAUGGAUGACGAAUUGGGAAGAGUGAAUAUCUUGAAGAAUAUUCCAAACACCGAGGUUCAGGGAAGAUUAGCUGACCUGGGAAAUGAUCUAUAUCUUAGUGGAAAUUCAGAGCAUACAAAUAAAAUAACGGGAGCCUUAAAUCACGGCACGGACAUCUGCACAUCUUAUUUGUCUGGAUCAGUGGAUUCUGAGGGUUCCAAGAGCUUGAAUCAUGCUGAAGCAUAUGACCUUGAAUCAGUCUUGGCAAGUUUCCUAGGUGAGAUUUAUAGGCGCCACAAUGAUUGCCCACAUGGUGAUUGCAAGAGUAACAGUGAGUUAUGUCCUGCAUUGAAGUCCCUAAUUCAUAAGAAGCUUAAUGAUUUAGGUAGUCCUCGUUGCAGUCUUGAUUCUGAGCAACCUCAAGAUAGCAAGGGAGAAAUGCUGCUGGAUGAAAUAAGUAUUUCUAGCAGCAGGGCGGUUCAAUCCAAAGAAUUCAAGGAUGCGUUGGAGAUAUUGGGUUCAAACAAGGAACUUUUCCUGAAGCUUCUUCAGAAGCCAAAUUCACACAUGUUAGACAAUAUCAGAAGCCACCAAAACAGUAGGUUGACAACCAAGUUAGAGCCCAAUAAAAUUCUUGGAGAAACUAAUUUUUUUCAACAGACAAGAUGCUCAAACGAUCAUGAGUUGACUGCAAAAGCACAAGAUAGAGAGAGCAAACAUAUGUUCUUCUGGAGGAAGGAUAAAUCAAAAAGAAAGCAGAUGAUGCCAGAAGAAACCAACAGAUCUGAGCCUGUUAGCAAAAUAGUUAUUCUAAAGCCAAAUCCAGGAAGAGGGACUGAUCAGACGGUGACUACCGGUGUAAGAUCUUUACACCAGCAACCUAGUGCCUUGCAAGCUCCAGAGUACAGUGGGAGGGAAAGUUCAAAAUUUUCAAUCAAGGAAGUCAGGAGGAGAUUCAGAAUUGUAACUGGCGAGACAAGAGAAAGAAAUGCAGCACCUGCAGAUGGCCUUCAAAGAGUUCCACGUUGGCAGUCCCUGAUACCAACUAAGAAGGAUUCUGGGCAUCAAACCCAGGGGAGCUUGGCAGACAAAUCUGCAUCAAGGUUUAAGAAUGACAUCAUCAGACCUUCAACCAGCAGCAAGCAAAUGCAACAAAACGGCGGCCAGACUAAAAUCAGGAGUCAUCUAGUAGCAUCAAAAGGUACAUCUAUCUUCUACGAGGAGGCCAAGAAGCACUUAACGGAUAUGCUGAAGGAUAAUAAUCAGUCCGGCGACUAUCCAACAGCUCAGGUUUCAAAAUCAUUGGAAGGAAUGCUUUCUCUCCCUCACUGUGAUGCAUCGUAUCCCAGGAGUAUCGCUAGGGGCAAGUGUCACACUGAUCUCUCACCUGAAGAGACAGAUGCUUGCCUUGUACCCGUGGUUGAUAAAGAAGAAUCCUCAGAAGCGAGGAGCAAAUCAUGGGAUCUCUCAGGAAAAAGCCAUGCAUGUUGUACUGUUGUAGCAGUUGAUAAUCAGGUGGUUGUCAUGGACAAAUGUAGCAUGAAAGAAGAAUCACAAGAAGGACCAAGAGAUAUUACUGAUGUGGUAGACACCAUAUCUAUUGAAGGAAUUGACGAAAUGGACCGUUCUGAAACAACUUGCAAUGUACAAUGCAGCCCAGUAGAACAAUGCAGAGAUAGCAUGCAACCAGUUAUGUUAGAGGAAGCAGAACAAGGAAAAGAACCUGAUCAGAUGUUGCUGAGCUAUCCUGUGAGCAUUGUUGAAAAUUUAGACCAGCAAGAACCAGAAACACCUGAACCAAGAGCAUCAGUCAAAUUUAUCACUGAUUGUUUGCCUGAGCAAAACCAUGAGAAGCAAGAACAGCCAAGUCCAGUAUCUGUUCUUGAUUCAUUCUAUGAAGAUAUUGCCGAUCCUGAAUGCGAAAACAUGAAACAAUGUGAGACCAAUAGAUGUGAUCUGCAUGAAGAUCUUCGUGCAACCCUGUACUUUCCAGAUAGUGAAUCAGAUCUAAAGGUCUUUUGGGAGGACAAGAAUGUCAGAUUAGAAAUUAUAAAGUUGGUUUUGGAGCUCUCAGAAUUAUGUGCAGAGCAAAAUUUAGAGGUAUGGUAUCUAGAGGACGAAUUAAUCAGCCCUUGCCUGUUCGAAGAACUACCAAAUCAGGGUGAUCAAAUAGAUGAUCUAAAGCUUCUUUUUGACUGUAUCUGCGAAGCUCUACCAGAGAUCCAAGAGAGGUAUUUUAGAGUCUCUUCUUGGUUAUCGUUUCUCAAACACGACAUACGGACACCUCCAAUAGGAGAAAACCUCAUCUCAGAAGUUGACAAAUGUGUCGAUGACUAUCUUCAUCAUAGUUUUCCAAAUACACUAGAUCAUACAAUUAAAAGGGAUUUGGAAGUUCGGACAUGGAUGGACAUUCGAUCAAAAACUGAAGGAAUUGUUGUGGAGAUAUGGGAGUAUGUAUUGGAGGAGUUAUUAGAUGAGGCUGUUUUCGAUUUGUGGAUUUGAAGCCCUGAUCAGAUCCCCAGUCAUUUGUGCUUUGUGAUGAGUACAUUCAGUAUAACUGUAGAGGUUUUCAAGAUGACAAUAACCCAUUUUAUGCAGCAGAAUAACACGGGCUGUUUUGUUUGGCCUAUGAAGUAUCUUGUGAUUGUGAAUUUCGACGACGUUUUGCUCGUCUAAGUGUCUAGCUGCAGAGAAUACUUUUCUGAUGCAUCACUUGACACCUAAAGUUUCAACCUGCAAAUCUCCCAGCUGUGCAGUUUGUUUAGAUGAAGUUUGGGCAGUCUGUCACAGCCAUGCCUCUUGGACAGCUAAAAUGCACAGCAGUCUGAAGGCAUAGCGUUUUUUUCCACAUCUAUUGUGAUCAGAGGUGAUCACAGUUGAUGUUUUUUUUCUGUAUCUGUGUACAUGUGUAAAUGUUUUUCGAGAAUGACACAUGUAAAAGUUAUCAUAUACGACAGAUCAAAUAGUGGUAAGUUUUCUUCUUUCCAGUAA